AUGGCUCGAGGACAGAACAUGUCCCACGGCGAGGUUCUCAACGUCUGCUGCAACAACCCCAAGCAGUACGAGCUGAACAGCAAGGAGCCACUAACGUGCGCCACCGGACAGUGGAACUUCCAGCCAGAGUGCCACCCAAGUAGGGAAUGCUUGGAACAUUUCACCGUAAAGGGCAUGACUCACUACACAUGCGACUCUGGCAAAUGGGUUCCGCCGUUCUACGCGUCCUGUGUGCCUGGCAAUGCAGGAGGUCAGUGUCGAUUGCCGUCGAUCUCGCCUCAGGGCUGGUACGCUAACGGCCAGUUCGCAAACCAGAACAUCUCGUCGCAGACACCCGUCGCCUUCCACUGCCACGACGCCUACGAGAAGAAUCACGCCGACGUCACGUGCAACUUCGGCAGCUUCACGCCGGCCGCGCCGCGCUGCGUGUGGAGAUCGUGCCUUCCGCCGGAUGUGACCCCGGGGGUCGAGGUGACGUCGGCGGCGCCCGAGGAUCGCGAAACGUACCCGGAUGGCAGCCGCAUGACGUUCACGUGCAGGUCGGAUGGACACCGGCUGGUGGGCAGCAGGGAGAUCACGUGCCGAAAGGGCUCCUGGGACAGUCAACCACCCACAUGCAGACUCGUCCUCUGUGAUCCAAUACUGACCAUCGCUAAUGGCGCCGUGAAGAUGAUACGACCGGAGUAUCGCGACUUCCGUGCUGGCGUCAUGAUAGCUGUCUACUGCGACAGCGGCUACACGCGCAUCGGUGAAGACGUGCUGACGUGCCGCCUCGACGGGCGGUGGAGCAGCGCCACCCCGCGGUGCGACAGAGCGCCCUCUAGAGGUCCAACGCAGGUGUUGCCUUACCAGCCCUGCGCGUACAUUGGCGCCAAGGACAACGUGGUGGCCUACGCGAACGGUACGCAGCUCACCUGCUGUGAGACGCUAUUCCCACACGGCACGGACAUCGUGUUUCGCUGCAACGACAUCGGAAAGUUCGAGAUCAUCGGUGACAGGAGGGUCGUGUGCAGGAAUGGCAAAUGGCAGGGAGUGAUGCCUUCGUGUAGAAUUCUCACGGAAGAAGCUAACUCGCCACCCCAAAUUAAGUUCAGUCAGCAGCACGGAGCAACUGCCGUCACAAACGACGGUACAUUGAUCGUCUACCCAGGCACAAUGCUCUUUCUCGACUGCCUCUUCAUGCGGCGCAAUGGCAAACCUCGCUGGAGCUGGACCAGUGGCAGAGAGACAUAUUCUACGGACUGGGCGCGCGGUGCCUACGACAACCCAGAUCUAGAGUACAGGCUCACCAUCACCAGUGCGCAGGCCGUUGAUUCCGGCACGUACACCUGUCUCACACCCUAUGGCUUCGCGCACAAAAUCCAGAUUUCAAUCAUGGCGGUGAACUGCCCGCCGCUGCAGACCCUGCCGAAUCAGAGCGGGCUUCGCAUCAGCACCUCGGACACGCGCCUCGGCACGCAGGUGGGCUUUGAGUGCGCUGACGGACGCCAGAUGAUCAAGGGCGUCGAGAAGAUCGCCUGUCUGUACACAGGACACUGGUCGCACCCGAUGCCUGUCUGCGAACCCGUGCGCUGUCCACACUUAGAGACGGCUGAUCCCGACCUGGACAUUAGGCAGGGUGCGAAAAUACCCGGCUCGAUGGCACGUUUCGGUUGUCGGUUCGGCAAGGAGCUGAAAGGCACCGAGCAAGUAGUGUGCCUAAAUAACGGAACAUGGUCGGCGCCAGUUCCCACGUGCAAGCUACGUGGCCCAGAGGUUUUUUGUCCCAACAUACAGCAGUCUCCCACAGACAGGGACUUGGUGAUUCGGAAGACUGGUACUACGGUUGGCUCCACAAUUGAGUUUUCUUGUCUCAAUGGAAGGCCUAUACACGUUAAUAAUAGAGCGACGUGUUUGGCCGAUGGUCGUUGGUCAUCGCCAGUACCGAAUUGCCAAGCUUUUGUUCAUGGAAAUCCAGAAAUUCUACUCUACCCAACUGAUUCUCAGGGUCAUAUCUGCGGUGUUGAUGCUCUUAAGAGUAAGCCAUUCCUCUUCUUCUUCGACCUUACUGUGUGUGCCAAGCUAGGAGUAGGAUCUUUGCUAAAUGGCUGUCCAACUCCACAGAUAUGUGUGGAAGAGUGUCCGCAAAAGAACUUUCUCUACCUCAACAUUCCACUGUCAAACUCGGUUACAAGCCGCUCAGAACUUAUAUGUAAAUACAGCGUGGACCCCAUGAACGUGAGCAGGUCAGUGGACAAUCUGAUAGAAUCUGAUGAUUGUGCUCCAUACUAUUUUGAGAGCAAGAGCUAUUUCGGUAGAUGUAUUCCACGAAUUGUUGAGGAUGCUCUCGUCUUGACAAUAGGGUCAACGCCGGUAAUCGACAAGUCUGGAGGUAAUGUGUCAACGGAAGCAAUUGUAGAUGGAAUCGGGUGGGUGUCACAGGCAUUAAACCUGGAAAGUAUUGGACAAAAGGUGUUCCAGGAUUUCAUUGAUUCCUGGUGGCAGAUUAUAGU